ACUUUUGUUUAAAUAGAUGACUCCGGUGGAUGAGAGCGCGGACAGCGGCUCCAGUGAAGAUGAUGCGCGUUGUGCUCGCUCGGAGGAAAAUCAUCUCGGCUCUGGGUCACUUGUACGGCACAAAAGUGAUAGAAAGGCGGACGCUGCUCACAAAAUGUGUGGUAAAUUCCGGGGCAGCUUUUGCAAACGAUUUGCCACCCCUCUGUGUGAGAGGGAUUCGCGCAGUUCAUGACACCCAAAAAGUUCCAGGAUACAGGCCCACAAAGUUUGAUAGAAAGAUCCUUCUCUGGGCUGGUCGCUUCAAGAAUGAGGAGGACAUCCCUGGCAUUGUGUCGUUUGAAAUGCUGAAUGCAGCAAGAAAUAGGGCACGAGUCAAAACCUGCUACAUCAUGAUUGGCUUGACUAUUCUAGCCUGUUUCGCUAUGAUCGCAUCUGGAAAACAGGCUGCUGAACGACACGAAUCGCUUGUCAGCCGGAACCGAGCAAAAAAGGCAAAAUGGAAAGAAGAAGCUGAACGAGAGCAGACAGCUGCAGUGGCUACUGCCAAUACAAAACAGUGAUACUUUCACUAAAAGGAAACUGUACAACUUAACCAUAUAGCUUGCCUUCAAACUUCCCUCCUGUGUGAGCAUAACAAAAACAAAUUCUCAUCCAGACAAGGCUCUCCAUCGCAAUGAGAAUGCUCUAUUAAUACUGGGUGGCAAAAAAAAGCUGUAAACAAACAAAA